GACAACAAUGUAGAUGCUCAGGUUUCUGAUGAAUGUCAAAACUGGGAAGGCUACAACCAGCUGAACCAGUGGGAUGAGUACACACAGAGGCCAACCGAUGAUGAUUACAUGACAGAGCAAUGCUACUAUGAGCAGAACUCAGUGGAUGAGUGUGGAGAACCAAAUGGUUGUGAUGAUGGCCAAACUCACUGGUAUGACUACAAAUGGGAGUCAAUGCCAGACGAUGACAUGACACAGCAGUGGCAGAAUAAGGCUCACAACUGGGAGGCUUGGAACUAUGACGAAAGUGAUCAGUACAAACAUGGGUUCACGCAGUACAAUGACAUGAUGCAACAAUGGUCCACCAGAAGUUCAUAUGAUGGUCGUCAGGACUGGAACAAUUGGAACCAUUGCUAUCACCAAGCUGACCAGUGGCAUGUCCAUGACCAAGGCACCAUGAAGCAUACACCGGAGGACAAGCGAACAUUACUUAGCUUACCAACUACAGGAACAGAUGAAGAUUGUGAUGACGAUUGGGGGAAUUGGUCCAAAGAUGGCUUGAAACAGCCGUCAUCUAGUUCCACCAAGAAGACAUAUGAUCAAAAAACUAAAGGCACAAACCGCAAAGGCUUAUCAUGGAAACGAUAAGACAUGCAGUAGGACCAAUGUAUAUAGCAGUAUGCAUAGUACAGACAAGGUGUCACAGUCCAAAUUCACAGAUGGAAGCGC